GUGACAGAUUCCACAAAAUCAAAGAAAUGAAUCAACACGUUUUUAUUUUAUUGGCUCUUCUCUAUUUAGCCACCACAGGUGUCAUCGGUCGACAUUCACCUCGUCGAGUUUACAAAACAAAUGACGGUAAAAUAGUCGGCGGUACUGAGACGACUAUACAGGAUUACCCUUACCAAGUGUAUCUGGUACUCAAACAAGCGGGUUUAGAAGAUUACUACGAGUGUGGAGGCUCCAUUGCAACCCAGAGAUGUGUUCUCACCGCUGCACAUUGUAUCACAGGCAAGGAGUCAGUUACAGUUAGGGUUGGCAGUACGUAUACAACAAGCGGAGGUACCACGUACACUUCAAGGAUGCUUUUUAUGCACCCUUUUUAUAAUUCUACAACAUUUGAUUACGAUAUCGCCGUGAUUAGAUUUUUUAGACGAAUAACGAUUGAUGGGACCAACAGCUCGCUCGCUGAUUUACCUAAGAGUAACUGUUCCGUGCCUGUAGGAACCAAUCUUACUAUAACAGGAUGGGGAGAUACGAGUGAAGGAGGACAAGACAGUUCUACUUUAAGAGCGGUUACUAUUAAAGCCGUGUCUUUCGAUGACUGCAAGAAGAAUUAUACCUACUUAACUCCUCGAAUGACAUGCGCCGGAGUUCCUGAAGGUGGCAAGGAUACUUGUCAGGGUGAUUCCGGUGGUCCGUUAGCUAAAACUGGUACAAGAUCACAAGUGGGAAUUGUGUCCCAUGGGUACGGAUGUGCUCGACCGAAUACACCUGGUGUUUACACAAACUUGUGCAACCCUGAUAUACAGAAUUGGUUAAGGUUAAUGAGAUGUCUUUAAAACAUCUUACCAACAAUGGCUUUUUUCUAAACAAUUACAGCUUAUUUUAUUGGUUCUUGCAAAUGUUACAGCCAUGCCAACAUGUCCGUCGUUCAUUUAUUUUAAUUAAAUGCAAAACAACCGUAAAUAAUGUUUUCUGAAGAACUCAUUAUAUUAAACUUCUUGAACACAAAACCGAUAAAGACAUCAUACGUAUUACUAGAAACGAUUGAUCUUUGAAGAUGUUUGCAUGGCACUGUUUACUA